AAUCCCUUGCGGCGCCUCCUCCCCCGGCGUCCGUCUCCCGGGCAACCCCGGUAAACAAAAAUGGCGGCCGCCGGGAGCGGUCCCCAGUGGCCGCUGUCUUCCCCUCUCCAGAGCCGGUCACCGACCGGAGCCCAGUGGAUUCUGCCGCACUCAGAAAAAGAGCGGCAGUCUCGCUGGUCUUCUUUUCCCAUGGGGCAGAGAUCGAAAUGUACUUUCCACAAAGCCUCCUCCUACCUGCUCCAGCAGCUCAUUCACCGCUCGCAGGAGUCGGACGCGGACGGAGAGGAAUACGAGGGCGAGGGCGAGGCCGAGGGCGAGGGCGAAGGGGAAUCCGAGGAGUCCUCAGAGUCCGAGAUGCAGGAUUUGGAGGAGAAAUUUGAUGGGGUCCUGAGAGAGGAGGUCGUGGCCAAUGCCCUUCACCAGCUGGGGCGCUCAGGCUCCGGGACUGAGCAGGUCUAUCUCAAUCUAGCUUUACCAGGUUGUGAUUUAAUUGAUAUUAGCAUUCUCUGUGAAUAUGUUCACCUACAGAAGUUGGAUCUUUCAGUAAAUAAAAUUGAAGAUCUGUCUUGUGUGAGUUGUAUGCCUUACCUUCUAGAACUUAAUGCUUCUCACAAUAAGUUGACGACAUUCUUCAAUUUCAAGCCACCCAAAAAUCUCAAGAAGGUGGAUUUUUCCUACAAUCAAAUUUCUGAAAUGCGUGAUUUGUCAGAAUACCAGACUCUCACUAAACUAAUUUUGGACAACAACGAGAUAGAGGAGAUCAGUGGGCUAGAGCUCUGUAGUAGCCUCACGCACCUGAGUCUGGCCAGGAACAAGAUCACGUCAAUUAACGGCUUAGGCAUGCUGCCAAUCAAGAUCCUUUGUCUGAGCAGUAACAGGAUUGAGAAGAUCACAGGUUUGGAGGACCUAAAAGCCUUGCAGAUCGUGGAUCUGUCCCACAAUCAGAUCAGCAGCCUCCAGGGCUUGGAGAACCAUGACUUCCUGGAGGUGAUCAACCUGGAAGAUAAUAAGAUUGCCGAGCUGGGUGAAAUAGAAUACAUUGAAAAUCUACCUCUCCUCCGGGUUCUCAAUUUUCUAAGAAAUCCAAUUCAGGAAAAAUCUGAAUAUUGGUUCUUUGUGAUUUUUAUGCUCCUACGAUUAACAGAAUUAGACCAGAAGAAAAUUAAAGUGGAAGAAAAGGUUGCAGCUGUGAAUAUAUAUGACCCUCCCCCUGAAGUGGUCGCAGCCCAAGAUCACCUGACCCAUGUCGUCAACAGCGUGAUGCAGCCCCAGAGGAUCUUUGACAGCACUCUCCCCCGCCUGGACGCCCCGUAUCCCAUGUUGGUUCUGGCCGGUCCUGAAGCCUGUGGGAAGCGAGAACUUGCUCACCGCCUCUGCAGACAGUUCAGCACGUACUUCCGGUACGGGGCCUGCCACACCACAAGACCGCCUUACUUUGGAGAAGGGGAUCGAGUGGAUUACCAUUUUAUCUCUCAGGAAGUUUUUGAUGAAAUGCUAAACAUGGGGAAAUUCAUUCUGACAUUUAAUUAUGGUAAUCACAGUUAUGGAUUAAAUAGGGACACCAUAGAAGGUAUCGCAAGAGAUGGUUUGGCAAGCUGUAUUCACAUGGAAAUAGAAGGUGUAAGAAGUUUGAAAUUUUCCUAUUUUGAGCCUCGAUAUAUCCUGGUGGUGCCCAUGGACAAGGAAAAAUAUGAAGGAUAUUUGCGGAGAAAAGGAUUAUUCAGUCGUGUAGAGAUUGAAUUUGCUGUGUCCAGAGUGGACCUUUAUAUUAAAACCAAUCAGAAAUUUCCAGGAUAUUUUGAUGCGAUCAUCAAUGCAGAUGAUCUAGAAGUUGCCUACCAAAAGCUGAGUCACCUCAUCAGAGAAUACCUUGGAUUGUCUGAGGAAACAUCCAAGAAUUUGGCUCCAUCUGCAGCAGGAGCUCCCUCUAGCAAGAAGACCCCCUCUGGGGUGCCAGCACAUCUGGUCCCGUCCCCAAGGCGCUUGGCGAAACUGCAAGCAGAUGGCCAGAUAACAGAGCAUCUCUCUGGAAUACAGACUCACGCACAGGUCCCUGAACAUCAGAACCUGGCCCCCUCCCAGAACCAAGAGCUGACCCAGGAGGGAGCAGCCCAUCAAGAAGAACAUUCUCCCAGUAGCCAUGUCAGUGCUCAGCCUCCUCCACAGCCCCCUCCACAGCCCAGCUCCUCAGCACCUGGUAUUUCCCAGCAGGCCCAAGACUUAUCCCCAAACCAGAAGGAAGGGGAUGUUCAACAAUCAGAUCUUUCUUCAAAAAUAAUAACGACGGAGCUCCCUGAAAAUGAGUUCCAGACAUCUGAGGCAAAAGCAGAUAAAAUAGGGCAGUCUUCCAUCGUUCCUUCCCAGGACGCUUCUCAGCACCCUGACCCAGCUCCAGCCCGCAGCCCUCAGCCAGACCAGGAUGAGGAAUCAGGGGAGGCCAAGGUAACCUCCACUGGCCCUCCUCCAUCUGAGGCUCCCCCGGGGUCUGGCCCAACAUCCCUCAGCCCCCAGAGAACCCAGGAUGAGGAAACCAGGUCCGCUGAUCUGCCACCCAACAGUGCCCAUUAUGAGCCUCCAAGAGACCCUUCCCACCCUAAUGCGGCCAAAAUACCGGGACCAUCUCCAGAACAACCUCUAGAAGAGGAAAUCCCCAAAGCAGAAUUGGUUCGGGUUAGCACUCCUUACCCAGAAUUGCCACAACCUCAGGACUCAGCAGCUAUCAAACAGACCCAGGACAAGAACGACCCAAUGACUUUGCUCCCCAGAAGCCGCCUGGCUCCCACCAGGCUGCCCCAGCCUCAGGUCCUUGCUCCACUCCAGAGCCGGAGGCCCACCCCCAAACUCCUGUCACCCAGCAGGGAGGAAGCUUUAGGAACAGCCUCAGAUCCAACUGUGACUUCCUCUCCCAGGCCUCCACUAGCUCAGGAAGGAGACCCCAGUAAACUUCCUCCCAUCAGCCCUCCCCAUUCCAAACCACCGCAAAAUCCGAGCUCCUAUCCGGACCAUAGUCCUCAGCAAGUCCAAGAAGAAAAGGUCGGGGAGGUGAAGCUCCCUCUUAUCAGCCCCCCCAUCCAGGAGCACAUGCCACAGCCUGCCCCUGAUCUGCCCCAGGAAGAGGAGGCUCAGGUCGUUAGGCUCCCACAAAUUCCCACUCCCUUCUCUGAACAGCGGCUGCCUCAGAACACAGGGCCUCACCAUGAUUCAAGGCCCGCAAAGGGAAGGCAAGCUCCAAAAGCAGGCCACGCCUCCAGCAAGAUUUCAGAUGUACAGGCUGUACCCCAAAACCAAGAGCCAGUGCAGCAGAUAGGAACUAGGGAAAAAAAACUCCCUGUCCAAAGAGAGACAACUAAAGGGACAGGGCAUCUGAAAAAGGCACCUAGAGGCCAUAAGACAGCCUUGCAGCCAGAAUCCCAGAGUAAGAUGACUCCCCCAAAGGUUCCCAACUACCCUAAUCCUAGCCCACCUCAGAGUCCUCAGGGGAACCAGAGGAGAAAAGUCCAUGCACCAGAAAUCCCUGAGCCAACCCAUGCUGAACCAUUGGCUAAGGAUCCCCAAUUACCAGAAGAGAAGCGGGAAAAGGAACAUUCUUCCAGAAAAAAGGCCGGUGCCAGCCUCUCCACUGAUGACCUGGUUCAGAAGGGAACUGUGUCCAAAAAAGGACCAUCCUCAAAAAGAAGGAAUUCUGGAGGAUUGUCUCAAGAGGCUAAAGCGGCCCUCAGUGGUGGUCCCCCAACUCAGGAGGGUCAGCCCCUGCCCAGGAGACCUCUCCAGAGUGAAACUUCCUCUGCAGAGUCCAGACCAGAUGAUUCUGCUUCUAGGCUACAUCCGAGGAGAAAAGACGAGGCUCAUAAGAGGGGAAGAUUUCCGAAGAGAGAGGCUGUUUUGGACUCCCCGGCGCAGGCUUCCACCCAGCAGCUUGUCCAAGGGACGCAAGCCCAGAAGGGGACCAGUCAGACCAAAGAGAGCUCUGUCCAAAGGGACAGCGCUCCUGGGCAGCAAGCCAGAGACAAACACAGCCGGAAACAUGGGGGAGCAUCAAAGGACAGGAGUUCAGCCACACCCCAGAGUCCCGUGUCUGCCGAGGAGCGGGGCAGCUGGGAAGGAAGACUGCGAGCCAGGGGCAGUCAGAGCACCAAGGUGUGAGCCACCCUUGGAGCACUGGGUCACUGGGUCUCUAACAUCUGUGCCUCUUGGAGGCAGUACUGUCACAGAAAGGAAAGUGAUGGCCAGGCCACCAUGACUCCAUAUCCCAGCUUCCUUCUGCCACCUGCAUAAGCAUGAGGGAGUGGGCACCAGCCCUGUCCAGCCUUUGGGUUCUUAGAAGGCAGCAAGUCUGUGCAAAUUCUUGUGGUUUGCCACUGUAGCCUCAAAGAGCAGCCCCUCGAGUGGGGUACUCCAGCAAGCUGUAGAGCUGGUCUUAACAGAUCUGAUGCCGGCAGGGAGCCCGUGUGUCUAGACUUGUGUGAAUUCCAAUAUGUGCUCGAACUCUGGCUGAAGCAAUGUCACGUUGCCAUUGUUUUUAUUGACUCCAUUAAGAAAAGUCACUUCUGGAUGAGAAAAUUCUCACCUGCCUCUUGCCUUAUCAAGGGAUCCAGAAGGAGAACUCUGAGAAAGGAAGCCUUUGCAGUUUCUGGGUCUUGGUCACUCCCGCCAAGGUUCCAGACCCACAGUUAAUGCAUGGGAGUCUUUGGAAGGGCAGGGGACACGUUCCUUGCACAAUGACACUGUGAUUGCUGAGUCCUCUGGGUUUGCGUUGGCAUGUAUGACUUGAAACUUAACUUUUGCUCAAUGUUUAUUUCAGGAUGAACACCUUCUCUCUCCGAAUAGGAAUCUCAUGUAAAUUAGCCCGUGCCUUCAUUAUGCUAAACCACCUGGCUGAAUCAGUGAAAAGGGUUAGUGGGGAGAAAAUGGAGCGGAGUUCUUUUUCCUUCAUUAACUCAUACCAUUCAGGAUCCCUUUGCUGACAAGUGACUGGGGUCCGACCUGAGGUAGCUUACGGGAAUCUACGAGAAGGGAGUGGAAAGUCUCCCACAACCAAAUUAUGGGGAGGGUAGAGGUAGAGCUGAGCCUACCUCAGAACUGGGGACCAGUUAUUGAACAUAACCCAGACUCUCGUCAUCCCCAGUAUUUUCUGUCAUCAACAGCACUCUUGUCAUUUCUCUGUUUCUUUCUCCAUGGUGGCUCUUUAAUCUUUGGUUCCAACGGACUCCAUAGAAGUUUCUGCACAUGGCAGGGAACACGGCCACCAGUACUUCUCAAGUCUUAUAUGUGGUUUUACAUCUGGCAGCUCCCACUACUAGAAAGGGAUUAAUUUGCAUGUUCUUUAAUCUUAAAAUUAAAAAAAAAAAUUCAGGGAAAGAUAUUGACUGGCCCGGCUUGGGCCAAGUGUUCAUUCUUAAACUAAUCUACUCUGGCCAGAGACAGGGUCCCAUACAUGUCACCAUUGGUGCCCUCUCCUCGAGUACAUGGCAACUGCAUUCCCGGACAGCAGGGACUAAGAACAAAGCAGCUAACCUGGGAUCUGGCUCUUAAAGGGUUACUAGGUAUUUAUUGAGUACUUACUAUAUAGAUAGCAGCAUCGGAAACUAUGUUUGGCAUCCUGUAUUUCCAAAAGAGAAAAAAUGGAGGACUAAAUGCCUGUAUAAAUGGAUCUUAUCAUAUACAAAAGGUAUGUGUCCACGAAAUUGUAUGUAUGGCAGAUGUUAUUUCAAGUUCAGUAGUGGAAAUUGACAUUUUUAAAAUCCAGGAGGCAGGAAUCCUCUUGUAAAAUGAAGAGCGUAUGUUAUGCCAAUAAUUACCCUUUGAUUUAUCUGAUUUGUCAAAGAUGACCAUAGUAAGGUGAAUUUUUUUUUAAUAUAUCGUAACUUACAUUUAUGGAUUAGUCCAGUCAUCCAACAAGCAUUGAUUGAGCACCUUCUAGCUGCCAGACUGCUGGCUGCUAGAUGUACACAGUGAGAUGAGGAGGAGCUCCGUUUUUUAUCCAGAGAGACAGAUAAGAGAGUUCAUUACAACACCAUGUGGUUGGGGUAGCCGGAAGCCCCACAGCACACUGGGCCAGGUUUAAACAUCAAAUAGGCAAACCCAUUUAUUAACUUUUCCAGAAUGUCAUAAGGAUGAUACGGAAGGACACUGAAUCUAGCUUGGGAUGGGAGAAUUAGAUCACAAAACACUUCCGAAAGGAGCUUAUCUUUCAACCAAGUCAUCAAGGUUGCAAAAUUAGAAUGAUGGGAGAGAGUGAAGGUUUCUUGGAAAAGGGAACAGCAUAUGUCUAAGUGUGGCCGUAAGAGCAGACGCAGCAUUUCUUUUGAGGACCCGGAUGUCAGGUGUCUGUAGAUCCAAAGGGCGUUUUGUGCUAAUAAUGAAUUUAGAAACUUGAUCUAACAGUGGGGAGCCAUUGAAUAGUUAAAAUUUUAUCUUAGAGGCAUGUGUCUAGAGUUGGUAUGGAGGAUACCUUUAAGGAAGUACAGGGGGUAGGAAGGAUGGCUGGGAAGCUAUUGCGAUAGUUCUAACAAGAUGGUGAGGGCCUGUGAUAAGGCACUGUGGCAGGAAUAGACAGAUUCAGGAGGUAUCUGGGUGGGACAUGGUGGGGGCUUGGGGAGGACAGAUGUGAAGAAAAUAAGGAUAAUCACCCCUUGUUUUAUGAGCCAUGAAUGGUGCAUCUCAGAAGCGCUGAUACCUCACUUAGGCGAGAACUUUAGAAAAAUACAUGGUUUCCUCCUCGGGCAACUGGUUCUGAGGCCUUAGGGCAUUCAAGGUUGCAUUUUUCUUAGGGUUCUAAAGGGAAGUGAAAAGCCAGGUUUCCCUUUGACUUAGAGGAAGCUCUAGCUCCCUUCCCGGGGGUUCGUGAUGGUAGAAGGUUUGUGUUUUGAUGGCAUGUAAAAAUGUCCUGGGUUCAGAGCAGCUGGUCAAUACUUUGUUUGUUGUCCAAGGAAGGGAGUAGCAAAGAUCACUCACUCCUCUGUGGUGGGAGUAUUUUACUGCUAUUAUUGAUUUUCUUGGUAUAGCGGAAACUUCUGCUUUUAAGCUGUACAAGAAUUGUCAUUUGCCAUCUACGUUUACAAAGUUCACAUCACUUCCGUUUGCUGUAUUCCUCAGCAAAGUGGUCUUUAUGGGACAGCAAAAAACACUGCAGGACUUUAGUGCCUCUAUUAGCUAAUGUGAUCUUUAGCUUUUCAAAGGAAGUCUGGCAGCUAGUGUUCACAUCAACAGAGAUAAUAUAGUUCCACUGGGCUUAAGAGACUCCUUCAAAUAUUUAAAAAGCUAAAUCCGUUGUUUUAAAGCUUCAAAAGAGAAUUGGACAAAGGACAUGAUCAGGUAAUUCACAAAAGAGGAGAGAAAUAUGGCCAAAAUACAUGUCAAAAUGCAUUUAGCUUUCAGGACUUCUGUAAAUUAAAAUGGAUUCGAUUUUGGGGGGUACCAAACUGGCAAAGAUGGAAAGCAAAUUAAUGCCUAUUCUUGGUAAGGUUGAGGGGAAACACACUUUCUGUGUCAUCACUGAGAAAGUAAGUUGGCACCACUUUUGGGGGGACAGUUGUGCAAUAUCCGUCAGAGCCUGUAAAUAUUGCCUAUGUUUAAACUGGUAAUUCUAACUAUGACUUAUCCCAAGGAAGUAAUUGACAUAGAACGAUGUUCCCAUUAAUGUCUUUAUAAUAAAAUCUGGAAGUAAGAUAGCCACCCAAUGGGAUUUUAAAAAUAACUUACGGAAAAGUUAUGGUUUAGCCAUAUGCUAAAAUGUUACAUUGCCAUUAUAAUCAUGUUGUAGACGAAUAUAGAGAAGAAUAUUUGUUACAUACUAAGGAAAAAACAGAUUAAGGAGGUAAAACCAGUAUGGUUCCAGUUGUGAGUUCUGGGUUGUCAGAUUAUGAAUCAUUUUUACUUUCUCACUUAUGUUUUUAGUAUUUUCCAAAUUUUCUACAAUGAACCUGUUUUUAUUUGGAAAAGGUUACAUAGAAUCAAAUUCACAUGUAUGAAAACCUGUCCUGUGAAAGCGCAACCUUAUGUUAUGUUAUGUUCUCUUUCAGUUUGGCAUGCAUAAUGAGGAACUUUCUUAAAGUUAGAAGUCACGUACAAAGGAAUAAACAGGUUUUCUCUAGAUCUUGGAGGCUCUGUGUUGGAAAUCUUACGAGAAGCUUCCAUAUGUCAGGCGAUUAGUUGGGCUGGAUAAAAUUUAAGGUUGCUUUUAUGAUUUAAUCCAUUUACUACAACAGGCUCUACAGGCUGGCUAUGGAGAAUCCAGCAGUCUAUUUAAUUAAAAAUAAAGCUUAGUACUAGAAAAUCUAUGCACUUAGGGCUCAUUAGAACAGUGGCUUUCAAACUUCCAGACCCCAAAUCCAUUAACUAGGAAUACAUUUUACAAUAUCAUCACCCCCACACAGAUACGUGUAGGAGACACCUUCCUAUAGUGAUAAACCCAGAUGUUUUCUGUUUUACUUAAUCCCAAUUUCUAAAAAUGCUGGCCGUAUCCUACAAAAUGCAGAUUCCACAAUUCAGUUUGCAACCUGUGAUUGGAAAACCCUUGUGCCGAGCUCUCUGGAGCUUUGGUCUGGCGGUGUUCCUGGAGGCCUGUUUGACUAGAUGCUUCCCUGUGCUGGUUGUUCAUGUGUGAUAGGAUGAGUGGCCAUGAAUGACCUGAACGCUGAAUUCCUUUCUGGGACAACAGCAAGGAUCCAGUGGGUUGGCAGUUACACUCUUUGUCAGUACUAGGGCUCCAGAGAAGAUAUGUCCAAAAAUCUUAGACACAAAAAUAAGUUCUUAGGUAAAGCAAGAAAAAAACCACUUUGAAACUUUUUGGAUCAGUAGUGUUUUCAGGACUAAGGACUUAGCUGACUCCCUUUCCUUUUGCUCCAUGACAACCCUGAGAUCAUCUUGUUAACAUAAAAGAUCUUCCAAACUCCACUUUAGAUAAUUGUGCUAUUUAUGUAGUGUCUAGCACAAUAUGUUCACAACUGAAUUUAAUUAAUUUCUCAGUUCAAUCUGGAAGAUGUGAUUCUAGAAAUCACUUUUCAUUUAUUAUUAUUAUUGAGGAGGCGUUCAGGGAGAAGGAUAAUAAGAGCCUAGCAAUUUCUUUGUGUUGAUGAUAGGUCAAUAAUGUCAGACCACCAAAUCUUUCACCUCCAAGAUGAUUAUGAGACUGUGAGCAUGAUUAGCAAAAGCCGGAGGCUUUUUAAAAAUUUAUUUGACAGAGAUCACAGGUAGGCAGAGAGGCAGGCAGAGAGAGAGGAGGAAGCAAACCCCCUGCUGAGCAGAGAGCCCCAAGUGGGGCUCAAUCCCAGGACUCUGGGAUCAUGACCUGAGCCAAAGGCAGAGGCUUAACCCACUGAGCCACCCAGGCGCCCCGUCGGAGGCUUUUUUAAAAAGUUUAUAACCUUAGAAAUUCUUAAUUUCAAAUAACUAACUGUCCACAUAAUCAUUGGAAAUCCCAGCACUAGUAUAGUCUAGCUGUGUGACCUUGGGAAAGUUACAGAGUUCUCAAGUAGAGACGAUGACCUACCUCAAGAUUAUUGUUAGGAGUAAAUGAGUUAAUUGAAAGAAAAUGUCUGUACAUAGUAAGUUUGUAUAUGAAUGUUAGUGUUAACAUGUAAGCCACACACAAAAAAGGAUAGCAUUUUAUCAUUAAUCUUAUUUAACAACCUAACAACCCAAUUCAAACUAGAUAGAAGUAUUUGGCAAAUAGGAUGGUCUUCUCUGAAAAUCCUUUUAUAAAAAACUUCAUGACCUUGAUUGAAUCAAGGAGCUUAAACAGAAUUAGGAUAAUGUUGGGAAGAAAUUGUAGUAAAGUGGUGUAUGACAGAGAUGAAGAGAUUAUUUGAUGGGCGUUCACACACAGCAUCGCAGCUUGGAGAUUGAGUUGGGGAAACAUCAGCUCUAGAGUUGUUAUGAAAUCUCCUGGUGAUACACACGGGAAAGGCUUGUCAUGGCAGCUGGCACAUAAUACAUGCUCAAUAAAUGUUAUCUAUUAUUUUAUUAUGAUUUUCUUUAUUGAUAAAGUCAAAGCCAUUUAUAUUUUGCAUUUCAAAUUGGUUGGAUAGUAAGUACUGUCAAGUUCCUUAACUUAGACAUCAACUACCAGAUAGUAGGCAUUCUGUUUUCCUUUGGUGAUGUGUUGAGGCAAAAAAAAGGCAAAACAAACAAACAAACAAAAAAAGUCUUUCCUAGAGGAGUUGACCAGUGAUGUACCAUCUUUGAAAAAGCUGUUCUUGAAGAAUGAUCCCUUAGGAAGCACCUUGCGCUUGCUAGAGGUGAGAGUAUAGGACUGGAUGGAAGUCUCAUCCCCAGCCUUAUUAUCAAACAUAUUACUUAGAAGAAGGCUUUCAUAUGUAUCCAAACUUCCUGAAGAUUUCUCUCCUUUUUUCUGCUGCUUCUUUCUCUUGCCCAAGUGCUGGACAUAUGCAGAUCUUACAUACUAAGUUUCUCAUCUUGAAAUUUGCCUGUCCUAUAUCUUAUCUCCUUCAAAGCAUCGAUUGACUAUUUCAUGAUAAACUCAUACAUUUAAAAAAGGAAGAAAUUCAGGGUACUACUGUUAUAUGUUUUAUUUUAUUCUAUUUUUAAGUUUAUUUUUAUAUUAAUUUUUAAGUAAUCUCUAUACCCAGCAUGGGGCUUGAACUCCCAACCUUGAGACCAAGAGUCACACACUCCACUGACUAAGCUGGCCAGGCAUUCCUGUUAUAUGUCCAAAUUAGGACAUUGUAAAUGCAGGAACCAAAUCUGAGCCCAUUAGCUCAGCUAUAUUGAGGAGGUUUCAGUGUGAAGUUCAAUGGAAAGAAAUAUUUUUUUGUGUACCUCAUUCUCUCUGUGUGAGAAUAUACGUUCACAUGCUUUCCUUUGUCCUGAUAAAGACUCUGUUCUCUAUUUAAAGUAGCUGAUUACUCUUUGAUUGGAAACUUAUGAAUAGAGCACUUUACUGUAAGAAGGAUUUAAUAAGUGUAUUCAUUUUACCAUUUAGAACAUAAAUAUUAUUACUGUUUCCUUGGUCUUGGUAGCUUUCCUCUAUAAAAGCUUAUUUUACUAUGGAAAACUAUUAUGGAUAUUGUGUGAAAUUUUAGUUGCUUUUAUUCCUUCCUUGGAAGCACAGAUAGAAAAGACUUUCAAGAUUUAAUUCUGUCCUAGAAAAAUAGCUUUUUUUCAGAAGCUUCAGUUUUAUGAUAAUACUUCCUGAUGAAUUGAGUUUUCCUUAAUUUUCAACUAAAAUUAUGUAACUAUCAUUAAAAAUAAAUAAAUAUUGUAUCAUAGAUUAUUGUGCCUUAAUUUGGUUUUAUCCUUUUUAAUGGUUACAUAUUUCAUUAUUGACUCCUUUAUAGUGAUUUCCCAAGUAUUUGUAUAUUUUAUAUGUGUAUGUGUUUAAUCAUGGUAAAAAUAAAUUACUCUCUUUAGUUUAAAAAAAAACAAACACCUCACUAUUACCUACAUAAACAUGUGUGUGUUUGUUUUUUAACCUCAUUUGAAUGGGGGGGGGAAUGAAUGAUUCUGAAACCAUCCAGUUAUCUGAGAACUUUUGUUUGAAAAUUAAAGCCUAUUUCCAAAUCAUACAUUUUCUAUGGCUUUGAAACAGAAAAAUUCCAGUUGAUUGAUUUUUCCCAGGGUUUUUUUUUUAAUGCUAAAAAUAUAUACAUUUACAAGUGUUUAGUUUCAUGUUUUUGAACAGGAAAAUGACUUAGUUGCUUUGCUAUAUAACUAAUCUCAUUAAUGUAGAAAAAUUGGUUAUUCAAAUAGGGAUUUUUGUUUCUCAAAAUAUUCACAGUCUGAUUCUCAAAUUCUAAUUUUAUUACUAGUUAUUGACAUGGCUUUGUGGCUGCAUACCUAUAAUGUCAGAUCAAUAUUUUGUAUUCCCUCCUUUAUGCAGGAAAAGGCCUUGUUUUGUCUGUGUAAGGGUAGGAUAUUAAAUAUAUACUCAACAUGUUUUAUUCUCAGGUACAUGACUCAUAAUGCAAUUGUUAUUUAGGUUGGGUUCUAUGCGGCUUCUUUUAAAAUGUUUUAUGCAUAUUAUUUUAAUUCACUUGACUACAACGGGAUAGAAGUCUAAAUAAAAGAUCUAAGCUACUUAGAAUUAAUUUAAGAUGUACUUCCACUUGUUUCAGUUAAUUCAUUUAUAUGUUCCUGCAUUUAAUAAUGCAUACAAUCCAUAAAUCCAUAAAAUAACUUUAAAAUCUGUCAUGCAUCAUUAAAUUCAU